AACAAACCAAGAUCUUCCUUACAACUUUUCAAAGCAUCCUUUGUCUCCCAAAUCCAACUCUUGUGACCAAAACAAAACCCUUCACUUCCUUCUUCCUCUCGAGUCUGAAACCAUGGCCCCUGAUAUGAUCAGCACCCUCACUGAUGCUCAAGCUAAGGCCAGCGGCGGUCUUGGCCGUGCCUACGUCACCUUCCUCGCCGGUAACGGCGACUACGUGAAAGGUGUUGUUGGCUUGGCCAAAGGUCUGAGGAAGGUGAAGAGCAUGUACCCUUUGGUGGUUGCAGUGUUACCCGAUGUUCCCCAAGAGCACCGCAACAUUCUCAUCACUCAGGGUUGCAUUGUUAGAGAGAUUGAGCCUGUGUACCCCCCUAAGAACCAAACACAGUUUGCCAUGGCAUAUUACGUCAUCAACUAUUCCAAGCUACGUAUUUGGGAGUUUGUGGAGUAUAGUAAGAUGAUUUACCUAGACGGUGAUAUCCAAGUUUUUAGCAACAUUGACCACUUGUUUGAUUUGCCUGAUGAUUACUUCUACGCGGUGAUGGACUGUUUCUGCGAGCCCACUUGGGCCCACACUCCGCAGUUUCAGAUCGGUUACUGCCAGCAGUGCCCUGAUAAGGUUCAGUGGCCCUCUGAUUUUGGGCCCAAGCCUCCUCUCUAUUUCAAUGCUGGCAUGUUUGUUUAUGUGCCCAAUUUGGAUACCUACCAUGAUCUUCUUCAAACAGUCCAAGUCACCAAGCCCACUUCCUUUGCUGAACAAGAUUUUUUGAACAUGUACUUCAAGGACAAAUAUAGGCCCAUACCAAAUGUCUACAAUCUUGUGCUGGCCAUGCUGUGGCGUCACCCUGAGAAUGUUGAGCUUGACAAAGUCAAAGUGGUUCACUAUUGUGCUGCUGGAUCUAAGCCUUGGAGGUACACUGGGAAAGAAGAGAACAUGGAUAGAGAAGAUAUUAAGAUGUUGGUGAAGAAGUGGUGGGAUAUAUAUGAGGAUGAGAAUUUGGACUACAAAAAUCCCCUCACUGCGGCGCUUUUGGAGGCUGGUGGAUUUAAGUUUGUUCCUGCCCCUUCGGCCGCUUAGAGUGCUUUGCUUAUCUUUGGAAUUGGAAAUCAAGUGUGACAGUACAAGUACAUAGGAUAUACAGUCAUACAUCACUAAGUUUUAUGUGUUUGUAAAUAGUUAAGAUCGAGAUCGAGGACCUUUUUUAUGUGUCCCCUUAUUAUAAUCUUUCACUUCUGCUAUUGUAGAGCAGUGGAUGCCAUAUCCUUAAUUUUUAUAAAGUGAUAUGUAUAUUAUUUUGUA